GUCUGCGGAGUGCUGUCAUUCGGCUCAGGUUUGUUGGGAUCUUAGUUAUGAACCAUUUUCGGGCUUUACUGCAUAGGGUGUUUGGACAAAUCAAACAUCAUGUCGGUACUGAUCAGUUCGGAAACAAGUACUACUUCGUCCCUGAGCAGAAGACAUGGACGGGACAGACGAUUCGCUCAAGAAGAAUAAUAGAAACAGUCAGUCCAAAAGAAAUUGAAUAUGAACUUGGAAAUAUUCCCCUUGAAUGGGAAGCUUGGAUACGAGGAAGUAGAAAAGACCCACCUACUAUAGAGGAAAUUCUGAAGAAUGAAAAAUAUAGAACAAUUAUUAAAUCACGUGCCUGUGAAAUUCAACAAGACGAUGCGAUAAGGAAAGAGAAAGGAUAUGAGGAAGAUCUUGUUGCUCGACCAGUUCAAACUCAAAUUAAAGGGCAUGCCUCUGCACAUUACUUUGGAAAGGAUAAAAUAUCUUCAGAACCCAGCAGUACAGCAAAUACUUUCCAGCCUGGAAGUUGGUUACCAUCAGAAAAUACCAGCAAGAAAAAAUAAUUUUAUUUGCCUUGUAAUAAGAACAUUUUAUCAUAACUUUGAAUUGUAAAUAAAAAUCUACAUAUACAAUACAAUGAAUAUUUUAGGAGAAAUACUUUGGGUGUACUUCUAUUUGUAGUCUACAGAUAUUCAAAUGCCUUGAGUUAGCUGUACAUUACUCUGGAUCCUGAUUUGUUUUUUAAAUUUGCUUUCUUCAAAUUGCUUGCUGCAAGUUUUCUGAAAUUAGGACAGAGGUACACUAAAGUAUGUCACUAUUUCAUUAUGCAGAAUGAUUGAAAUCACUUAUAGUUUGAGCUGCAAUGAAAUUAUGUGGACAGUUAAAGAUUAAUUUACAAAAGUUAAAGAUUAGCUUUAUUUGUCACAUGUACAUCAAAACAUACAGUGAAAUGCAUCAUUUGUGUCAUAUGUCAGCAGCAAGGAUUAUGCUAGGCAACCCACAAUUGCGAUGCACCUGGGGAUUUAUCUUCCCUGGAGUGAAGGGGGGCUAUGGGGUAACAUUUCAUAUAUUUAUAAAAUCAUG